AUGCAAUUUGUCGAGUUUGGCUCAUUUCGUUCUGGCCAUCGUCUUCAAUGGUGGAAUUUGCUGACAAUAUUGGAAAUGGAUUCCUUACCGAUCCAUGAAGAAAGUGUCGCGAUACUCAUUAUGCAUGCAUUAUUGCAAUUGGGUCCGAACGAAAUGGAUCAGCAUCCAUCGGACUAUUCUUGGUGUUCGGAAUCUCAUCAACAAUUACUAGAAGACCAUUUUGUUGAUGAAUUUAUUUUGAGAUUAAAUCAUCGUUUAGAUGAUUGUGAAUUGAAUUGGCACAAUGAAUUAGUUUUAGUUUUGGUAACGAUCAUUACAAUGAGAAUAUAUACAAUUUGUAAAGAAACACAAGAAGAUCGAGUUAAAGAACUGAUCUUGAAGUGUCGAAAGGUUGGAGAAAAAUGGAUUGAUCUUAUAUCGGAAGGUAUUCAAAGUCUUAUCUCAUCCGACUUGAAGGAAGUAAACACAUUACGAGAGAAGAUGGUGAUCAUUGCAAUUGCGUGCUUGCUUACGUUUUCCACACAUCCGGAACGUAUGCACUGUAUCUUAUCAUCUGAUGCACACAUGAUCUCGUUACUUAGAGCAGUAGCCACACGUCAUAAUAAUUUAACUUUAAACAAACAUCAAGCGAAUUCGAUUUAUUUGGUAAAAACUCUAUUGCAUUGGAGUGAACAUAUAUUAGUAACUAUACAACCAUCGAUAGCUGCACUUCUGAAAAGAAAUUCAUAUGGAAGUUUGAAUCAAUUUUCUGUAAUCUAUUGGGCGUAUAUCAGUAAUCGAACUCAUUUUGAUGGAAAAUGGAAGAAACGAAAAACAGAUCUCUAUGAUGGUUGGUAUGAUGGUCAAUUUGAAUCGACGAAGAUAUCGAUUGAUUGUUUGAAAGGAACUUUCUUAGUCAAUGGUGUGACAGUUGGAUUUUGA